UCAAGCAUGUGUCUAUUUUGCAUCUGUCUUUCAAGCUAUGUCAUGUGGUAUCCAUUACUUAGCAUCUGUGUUCAUGGCUGUUACUCCUAACUUUGUAUGUGGGAUCCCUGGAAAUGUGAGUAGUGUUCUUUUCUACAACUCUUCUGAAUCAAGUAUAGAGGACAUCUGGACACUAUGGACAUCAACAGAAAAUUACAUUGUAGUCCAGCUGGAAAAUGGAGAAAUUUGGGAACUUAAUCAGUGCAGCAGGUUCAAACGAGAAGUCACUUUGGAUCUGGCAUAUGAAUACAAAGGCAACAAGUCCAAAUUUCCUUGUUCUGAUGGAUUUCUCUAUGAUGACACAAAGUGGAAGAGCACUGUUGUUACGCAGUGGGAUCUGGUCUGUGACCGAGAAUGGCUUGCAAAAUUAAUCCAGCCUACAUUCAUGCUUGGAGUCUUGAUUGGAGCAGUGAUUUUUGGUGACAUUGCUGACAGACUGGGAAGACAGCGUGUUAUAUGGUUCACAAGUGCUGGUCAGUUUGUAUUUGGCAUCGCAGUGGCCUUCACGUUUGACUACUACAGUUUCGUGAUUGUGCGCUCUCUCCUUGCUAUGGUUUCAAGUGGCUAUCUGGUUGUGGCUUUUGUUUAUGUGACUGAAUUUGUUGGCAUAAAAGCACGAACCUGGGCUUCUAUGCAUGUCCAUGCUUUUUUUGCUGUGGGAAUUAUGGUUGUGGCACUCGUGGGAUAUUUGGUUCGGACCUGGUGGGUCUAUCAGAUAUUUCUCUCCAUAGCAACUCUUCCCUUUGUCUUGUGCUGCUGGAUGCUCCCAGAAACACCUCUUUGGCUCCUGUCAGAGGGAAGAUACGAAGAUGCACAAAAAGUAAUUAAUAUAAUGGCAAGAUGGAAUAAAGUAAGCACUCCUUGCAAAGUUUCUGAACUGUGCUCAGUCCAACAAGAUGAUCUGGUCAGAACGGGUGACAAUGACACAUCCUCAACAAAGAAGCACAACAUCUUAGACCUGUUUUGUAACUGGCACAUUGCAAGAAGGACCAUCACAGUCUGGCUGAUCUGGUUCACUGGAAGUUUGGGGUACUACGUCUUCUCCCUCAGUUCUGUCAGUCUAGGAGGCAAUGAAUAUUUAAAUCUCUUUCUCAUAGGUGCUGUGGAGUUGCCUUGCUAUAUCAUUGCUUGCAUUGGGAUGGACAAACUGGGAAGGAGAAACACACUCAUUCCAUUCCUUAUUUUAAGUGCACUGAUCUGUGUUUUAAUUAUGUUCCUACCUCAGGAUUUCAAUAUAUUAAUUAUCUUAGCAAAUAUGGCUGGAAAAUUUUCAAUAGGUGUGGCAUUUGGCCUCAUAUAUCUCUACACAGCAGAACUGUACCCAACAAUUGUAAGGUCACUUGCUGUUGGAAGUGGAAGCAUGAUGUGCCGUGUAGGUAGUGUGGUUGCUCCUUUCUGUGUAUAUCUGAGAAGUGUUUGGAUUUUCAUGCCACUUUUGCUUGUUGGAAUCAUGGCUCUUCUGAGUGGAAUAUUAACAAUAAUGCUUCCAGAAACACUGGGAAAACCAUUGACUAAUACUUUGGUGGAAGCUACAGAAAUUGGAAGAAACAAGAAAAGCUGUUCAGGAAAGACUCCAGCACACAGUGGUGCAGCAUUAGAAAAGAUAGAGAUGUUUGGUCAAGAAGCAGUCAGCACUGAGAAAUAAAGCAACAGCAAAAUGGUUGUUGCCAAUUUUAAUCAUUAUCUAAUUUAUAAGAUCUUUUUAUUCAAGAAAUGUGACUGUUCUAU